UCUGCGAUGACCAGACGCGAGGCAUCCCAGCAAGGCCAAGGUUGACAGCGGUAGGGCUGCGGUGCGGGCGCGGGGUAUCGGGCCUUAACGCUCCGCGCGCUCCCGCACCGACCAUUCUACACCUCGCAGUCGACUCUAACGGUUGUUCUAGUGCAAGAAAAGCCGCAGCAAUGGUGGACGCCGCAACCAUCGAGAAACUGGAAGCUGGAUUCAGCAAGCUCCAGGCCUCCGACUCCAAGUCGCUGCUGAAAAAAUACCUUACCAAGGAAGUAUUCGACGCACUAAAGAACAAGAAAACAUCUUUUGGAUCCACACUCUUAGACUGCAUUCAGUCGGGUGUUGAGAACUUGGACUCUGGUGUUGGAAUCUAUGCCCCAGAUGCUGAAGCUUACUCAGUGUUUGCUGAUCUCUUCGACCCCAUCAUUGAAGACUACCACACUGGCUUCAAGAAAACUGACAAGCACCCUCCCAAGAACUGGGGUGAUGUAGAGACCCUCGGAAACCUGGACCCUGACAAUGAGUUCAUUGUGUCAACCCGUGUCCGCUGUGGCCGCUCCAUGGAAGGCUACCCAUUCAACCCCUGCUUGACAGAGGCCCAGUACAAGGAAAUGGAAGAGAAGGUGUCCUCGACCCUGUCCGGCCUGGAAGGAGAACUCAAAGGCACAUUCUACCCACUCACCGGCAUGUCCAAGGAGACCCAGCAGCAGCUCAUCGAUGACCACUUCCUCUUCAAGGAGGGUGACCGCUUCCUCCAGGCUGCCAACGCCUGCAGGUUCUGGCCAUCCGGCCGUGGCAUCUACCACAACGAGAACAAGACUUUCUUGGUCUGGUGCAAUGAGGAAGACCACCUUCGUCUCAUUUCCAUGCAGAUGGGCGGUGACCUGAAACAAGUGUACAAAAGGCUAGUGACCGCCGUCAACGACGUCGAGAAGAGGGUCCCGUUCUCGCAUCACGACCGCCUCGGUUUCCUGACCUUCUGCCCGACCAACCUGGGCACGACCGUGCGCGCGUCCGUGCACAUCAAGCUGCCCAAGCUGGCUGCGGACAAGGCGAAGCUGGAGGAGGUGGCGGGCAAGUACCACCUGCAGGUGCGCGGCACGCGCGGCGAGCACACGGAGGCCGAGGGCGGCGUCUACGACAUCUCCAACAAGAGGCGCAUGGGCCUCACCGAGUACGACGCCGUCAAAGAGAUGUACGACGGCAUCGCUGAACUGAUCAAAAUCGAGAAGUCCCUGUAAGCUUUCGAUCUCGUACUAUCAGUAUUUUUUUGUAUUAUUUAUCGUUUUCACGUAAGUAUUGGAUGUUGGCCGGGCUGCUCGGCGAACUAGUCAUCGGCGCCCCGCGCGGGGCUCGGGCACGCGGGCGGCCCGCGUGUACUGUUUUUCGUAAAAGUAUUUUCUUUAAGGAAAUGGAAAAUAAAGACAGCUAGCGUUAAGACCACAA